GGUGGAGUUGCGUUGUAUUUGUCCGCAUACAGGGGGCGCUCGAGUGUAAUUUCUGCUGGUCUCCAUCUGUUGGCUCGUAGGAGCGUUGCUGUGAUUCACAGCUGAGGAGCUUCAGUUCUCUCCACGGGCAGGGAUGCUGACGGGUCAUGUCAAGAGAAGAGGCGAGUGGAACCUAACUAUUACUGAACUUUUCUUCUUCUGGACAAUAUACUAAUAAAUCUGAAGUCAUUUCAAAGAAGACCUUGCUGCUCAAGAGUGUUCGUUUCAUCUUUCUAUAAGAAACUGAUUAAUUCGUAAUAUUAAAUCCCUUUCGGCGGACAUUGGCGUGUCAUCGUAAAAUGUUUCCAACGAGAGGAGGCUUGACUUUUCUCACUGGGAUUUUGAUCGUGGCGCUGUCAUGUGAAGCGAGAGGUCCUCCAUGGGUGAGUCGUAAAAUAGAGGACAGACAGACUGCAAAACUGGGCCACACGGUUCGUCUUCCAUGCCCUGUGGAGGGUGACCCCCCUCCGCUGGUCCUGUGGGUGAAGGAUGGGCGGAACGUGAACCCAGGCUGGAGCCGCUACAAGGUUCUGAGGAAGAGUCUGAAGAUCAAAGAAGUGGAACUGGAGGAUGCCGGAGAGUACAUCUGCCGCGUCACCAAUGGAUUUGGCAGCCUCGCCCUCAACUUCACACUCAUUGUAAUUGACGAUGCAGCUGUGACGCAGAACCAGGCUCCGCCAGACGAGGCAGAAACUAACGCAGAUCUCACCCUGCAGGACCCCACCGGAGAGCCAUGGGUGAAGCCAUGCUUCAGUCAGCCCACAAAGAUGCGCAGGCGUGUGCUAGAGCAGCCUGUUGGCAGCUCAGUGCGUCUCAAGUGUCUGGCCAGUGGCAAUCCAACACCGGUCAUUACAUGGUGGAAAGACCAGAGCCAGCUGCCCAGCCCUCAGCAGAGUAAACGGCCACAGUGGACGCUGACUCUGAAGAACCUGCAGCCUCAGGACAGUGCCAAAUACACCUGCCACGUCUCCAAUGCAGCUGGACACAUCAAUGCCACCUACAAAGUGGAUGUAAUUGAGCGCACCAACUCCAAACCCAUUCUGACUGGUACCCAUCCUGUCAACACAACUGUGGAGUUUGGUGGAACAGCCUCGUUCCAAUGUAAAGUCCACAGUGACGUGAAGCCUGUAAUCCAGUGGCUGAAGCGCGUGGAUCAAGGCACAGAGGGUCGCUAUAACUCCACGCUGGAGGUUGGAGGCCAGCACUUUGUGGUGCUGCCCACUGGAGACGUGUGGUCCAGACCUGACGGUUCGUACCUCAACAAGCUGGCCAUCGUCAAGGCACGCGACGAGGAUGCUGGAAUGUAUAUCUGUCUAGGUGCUAAUACCAUGGGCUACAGCUUCCGCAGUGCCUACCUCACCGUUCUCUCAGAUCCCAAGGUGGAAAUAGAUGUGAUUCCACGCCACAUCAGCCCCGGUCUUCCCUGGCCACUUAUCAUUGGGAUCCCAGCUGCUGCCCUGCUCAUCGUAGGCACCAUCGUGCUCUGGUUGUGUCACAGCCGCAGACGCCAGAGCGCUUUGCCUCCCCGGCCGACGACCUAUCGAGACCAUCACAUUCCUGACAAGGAGCCCAGCAUGCAAAGCUCCAUCAACCCUGACCUGCCCAACCAGAGACUUAUGGCAAUGGGGCCCCCAGCUCUCAGCGGUCCACCAAAGAUUUACACCAAGGUCUACACAGACAUGCACACCCACACACACUCCCAUGCACACAUGGAGGGAAAAGUCCACCAGCAUUUCCAUUACCAGUGUUAACAGGUAACCAUCAGGUGACCAAUGCUGCUGCCUCUGUUCUCAUGAGCUAAAGGCCACCACUUGAGGACCACAACCGUACUGUAGGACUGUGCGAGGAUAACCCGGACACAAGCGUGGAGGAGUUCUGAUGGAGCCCGUUUACCUUGAAAUGUCUCAGGUCAACUCAGCACUCAGUAGAGCUGCAGUGGACCUCAAUUUUCCUUUAGGUUCUUUGGAGUUCAAAAUCCAAUAACAGUGAAUCAAAGCAACCCGAGCAAGUGCUAACAGUCCAAGAACAAUACUUGGACCUUUUUGCUAUUCCAAAGCCAAGCAUUACACAGGAAGUCGAGUGGAGAUGUUUUAUUUUUGGAGAAACUGUGAUGUGUGUUAAGAAUACUGGUGGCCCUGUUUACAAUGUGUUCUGAACACUAAUGUCAGUCAUUUAGCUCAAAUGUGGUGUUUGUUUUGUUGUUGUUGUUUGUUUGUUUUUGUUUUGCAACAUUAUAUUGUGAAGAAAUUAUGCAAGGAAAUGUCAGGGACACUAGAUGGAUGACUAAACGGAAAGGGGGCAAGGCCUUCUAUUGUAUUACCAUUAAAAAGGUACUUUAUCUGUAUGUAUUCAGCUCAACUUUCUGAUAAUUACAGUAUUACGUA